AUGGAGGAAAAUCAGACAGUGGUUACAGAGUUCAUCCUACUGGGAUUUUGUGUUGGUCCGAGGAUUCAGGUGCUUCUCUUCGGGCUCUUCUCCCUGCUCUAUGCCCUCACCCUGCUGGGGAAUGGGGCCAUCCUGGGGCUCAUCUCCCUGAACCCCCAGCUGCACACCCCCAUGUACUUCUUCCUCUGUCACCUGGCCGCUGUCGACAUAGCCUAUGCCUGCAACACGGUGCCCCAGAUGCUGGUGAACCUCCUGCGUCCAGCCAAGCCCAUCUCCUUUGCCGGCUGCAUGGCACAGACCUUUCUCUUUAUGACUUUUGCUCACACAGAAUGUGUUCUGCUGGUGGUGAUGUCCUAUGAUCGGUAUGUGGCCAUAUGCCACCCCCUACGUUACUCCAUCAUCAUGAGCUGGAGAGCAUGCAUGGUCCUGGCCGUCACUUCCUGGGUGUUUAGCUUCCUCCUGGCCCUGGUCCACGUGUUUCUCAUCCUGAGGCUGCCCUUCUGUGGGCCUCAUGAAAUCAACCACUUCUUCUGUGAAGUCCUGUCUGUCCUCAAGCUGGCCUGUGCUGACACCAGGCUCAACAAAAUAGUCAUCUUUGCUGCCUGUAUUUUUGUUGUACUGGGGCCCCUCUGCAUGGUGCUGGUGUCCUACACACACAUCCUGGGUGCCAUCCUGAGAAUCCAGUCCAGAGAGGGCCGCAGAAAGGCCUUCUCCACCUGCUCCUCCCACCUCUGCGUGGUGGGGCUCUUCUUUGGCAGCGCCAUCAUCCUGUACAUGGCCCCCAAAUCCCGCCACCCUGAGGAGCAGCAAAAAAUCCUUUUACUGUUUUACAGUUUUUUCAACCCUUUGCUGAACCCACUGAUCUACAGCCUGAGGAACACAGAGGUUAAGGGUGCUCUGAGGAGAAGGCUGUUCAAGGAAAGUCAUUCCCAGUUGGAGUGA